AUGGACUCGUACUCGCCCAGCUCAUCUCUUCGAACCGGCCUCAAGAUUGCUGGCGCCGUCGUCGGCACCAUCGCGGUGGGCACGGUCGCAUACGCCGCCUACUGGGACCACAAGCGUCGCACCGACCCCGAGUUCCGCCGCAAGAUCCAGCGCGAGCACAAGAAGCUUGAGAAGAAGGUCAAGCAGAAGCAGGAGGUCGGAAAGGAGCAGGUCAAGGCGGCGCUGACCCGGGCUCUCGCGCUCGUCAACGCCGAGAAGGUCCCCGAGACGGCCGAGGGCAAGGAGCAGUUCUUCAUGGAGCAGGUCGCCCUCGGAGAGCAGCUCGCCGCUCGCUCCCCGGAGUUUUACGUCGCGUCGGCCAUCUCGUUCUACAAGGCCCUCAAGGUCUACCCGGCACCGCAGGAGCUCCUGAUGAUCUACCAGAAGACCCAGCCUCCCGCCGUCUUCGACCUCGUCAUGGAGCUCAUCUCACUCGAGAUCAACGCCGCCGCUUCCGCCGCCUCUGCCUCGUCUGGGCCGAGCUCGUCGUCGACCGAGCCGCUCCUGCAAGAAGUCGAGGGCGCGUCGGGCUCGUCGUCGACGAUCGCGGUCCCUGCGGCGGCAACGGCGGGAAGCGAGAACGGCGAAGACAGCUCGCCCAGCUCGGGCGGCUCGUUCGUCCAUGUCGAGACGGACGCUGUCGUCACCCCCGAAGGCGACGUAGCGGCGGAGGAGACGACGGCUAUCGUGGCGGACAUUGAGGUCGAGCAGACUGGAGAGGAGACGCCUACAAUCUCGUCGGAGGAGAUCGACCCGCCUGAGCCGACCCUCGCCUGA